ACUCCAACGAAUUGAUUGAAUAAAUAUGUAAUAGGUCUUUAUCAGAUAAACAAUGUUUUCUUUAUAUCCAAAACAAAUUAUUACAAAUAGUUAUUAAUAACAUUUUUUUUAUUAUAUAUCUAAAUUGAACAAAACUAUUCGGGAACGCAUCUCAAAAGACAAUACAUCGUACUAUAGAAAAAUUUAAAAACAAGAUACAUAUUAAAGAAAUCUAUGUUACAGUAGUUAUAAUAGAAAUAUUAAAUUAUGGAUGAACCAAGGAAAAGAAAUGCAAAUAGAAGUAAUGUCGAAAAAAAAUGUGUUGAUAAAAAUUCAUCUGAAAAGAAAAACAGUGAUCUAACAUGUUCUAAAAACAAUAAUUUGCCGUUGCGUGUCUUCUCACGCAUUGUCGUCAUAACUUCUCUUCUAAUUAUUGUAUAUUUUUCAUUGAAUGACGAAAAAAUUAAAACAUUUGCCAAACAGUCAGAAAUGUUACCAGGAAAAGGCCAAAUCAUAGAAUGUUCGCCUGAAUAUUUAAAGGAACUGGAUAAGUAUGAAGGUUGUUUUCCCAAAGACUGCAAGAGAUUUGUGACUGAUAAAGUUAUUUCAGAGCAGGAGGCAGAUAAAUUACUUACAAUAGCCAAAAAGGGACUUGAAUUGGGUGGUUCAUCUGGAGGAGCGUCUAUAUUGGAUUUACAUAGUGGGGCACUAUCUAAUGGAGAACAUUUUGUCAAUAUUUACAAAAUAGCUAAGAACCUUUACACUGAGAAUGACUUCAAUAUUUAUAGAGUGGUAAAGGAAAAAGUAAAAUAUGCAGUUGCACACCAUUUUGGAGUGGAUCGGAAUAAAAUCUACUUGACUCAUCCUACAUUUUUUUCUGAAAUAACUUCAAAGAAAUCAGUCACAGUACAUGAUGAAUAUUGGCACCCACAUGUUGAUAAGGAAACAUAUAAAUCUUUUCACUAUACUACAUUGCUUUACUUGGGAGACUACAAUAAAGAUUUUAAAGGAGGUAGAUUUGUGUUUGUCGAUAAAAAUACAAACAAUACUGUUGAGCCAAGAAAAGCUAGACUAAGCAUGUUCACAAGUGGGCGUGAAAAUGUACAUUAUGUUGAAAAAGUGUCAUCAGGGGUACGAUAUGCUGUAACUAUUUCAUUUACUUGUGACAUGCAACAUGCUAUAGACAAUCCUAGUACUGAUAAAUAUAAGAAUUAAAUAUUGAAUAUGUA